AUGUCGGCAAUUACCAACCCACCCCCUCCGAUUGACUUUUCAAAUUUUGAAUAUACCAAUCUUUCAUCUCCUUUCUCUAUCCGCUUGCUGUCUAUAAUCAAAAGACCCCGUCAACUUUCACCACCUUCAAUCUUCAAGGAGCCACUGCUCGAAUGUAUUCUGGAAACAUUCAAUAUCCAUGAAGCACCAGAUUUUGACAUAAUAUCUGCAGUAUCGGGGAACCCCUUUACCCAUCAUCCUGGGGGCAUUGACGAAUAUGGUCCCAUGCACCGUUUCGCUGUUGCUGUCAAUGGCAAGAUCAUGUUUUUGCCAAGAAACAUAUACGAAGGGCUACAGAUGGCCAGGGAUGUAAAUGAUCCGGUGGAGCAUCGCAACGAAGAUCGAAAUCAAACCAAAUUGAUCCAGGCUGUCGAAGAGGACCGUUUAGAGGACGUCAAAGAGUAUCUACGACAAGGUGCCCACGUUCACGCGCAAGACUGUUAUGGUAAAACAGCAAUGCACUGUGCGGCGGAAAAUGGAAAUUUCUAUAUCGUUGACGAAUUGCUUGAUUAUGGCGCGAGUAUGAAAGUGCUUGAUUCUGCUGGUCGAACCCCGAUGGAUUGCUUCUCUUAUUCCAGGAGGACGCAAUGGGACCAGGUCGCCGACUUGGCAUACAGACUUCAUCAGGAUCCUGAGCAAAGAGAGCUAGUUCCUGCUCCAGAGGUAAUCAGAGUUGGAAGACCAAUUUGGAUUGAUGCGGUCUGCCUCAAUCCGAACGACCCAGCUGAAAGAAUGAACCAAAGUCCAAUGAUCCCGCACAUCUAUUCUCGCGCAAGUUCCAUUGUCGCGUGGACGGGAGUUUUGGAGCAUAGCGCCAAAUGCAGUCCUAAAGCCAUUAUCUCUCACCUCACGGACGACGACUCAGAGGCUGAAGAUAACAACAUGGAAGACGAUUCAUCUGUUCAGGAUUCCUCCAGUGAUGCUGAAGACGACAAACCACCUGCACAACUAGAGACUUCCGCAAAGGAAUUUUUCUCACGGUCCUGGUUUGAGCGAUCGGAUCUGGUCCACGAAGUUGCUUUUGGGCGGCCAAUCACUGUCUACUGCGGAACGAACCCAAUUCCGCUACCAAGGAUACUGGAGUAUUUAAGAAAACAAAAGUCCGGCGGCACCACCUUUUUACCCUCGGAUUUGAUGAUUUGGUCUUUGAUUAGGAGCAGCGGCAAGAAACGAACAUCAGAUGCAUCGGAGGUGGUUCAAAAAAGGUCAAGGCGAUAG